CGUGAAAAUCGCUUCAAAUGUUAUACUUGUGAGAAAAGGUUCACCCAGAAGUCAAACAAAAGUGAUUCAUGCAACUCACUGAACAAGAGUUGGGGAACAUGUUGUUUAUGUUAUUGUUUCCCUUGUUAGUUAUUGUGGGAGAUUGGGACAAUGUAUUUUUGAAUGUGAAUCCAGUAGGUGGUGGUAAUGUAACUUUAUCAGUGCAGACCGCCUCCCUAAACCAACGAAGAAGAACAUUCCACCGGAAGUUGUGUAGUUCAUGCCAACGAGAAAAGUUGGUUUGGCUUAUUUUGUCUCUUGAUACAUCCUUUCACACAGUAGAAAUGGCUGCAGUUGAGAAACUGAGAAGUGUUAUCAACGAGCGACUAGCUGCAGCUGCCGAUGAAAUAUUUGGAGUUUUUGCUCAAGCUUUAUCAGCAUACGAGGAGGAGAUUUGUCGUCAGCGCAGAUUAUUGGAUACCGUCUUGAAUCCUCAGAUAAAGCUGCACAGAACAGAGCUCCCUCAGCAACAUGUCUGUAAUGAGGAUGAGGUUCUCAGUGACCAGCAGCUCUGUAGUCAGGAAAGGAACUCCAGUCUGGACCAAGAGGACCUAGAGCCUCCACAGAUUAAAGAGGAACAGGAGGAACUUUGCACCAGUCGGGAGGAAGAGCAGCUUGAACUAAAGCAGGAGACAGAUGUCUUCAUGGUGACUCUUACUGAUGAGGAGAGUGUGCACAGCGGACGGACCUGUGCAAAAGAGUCUGUAGGCAAGCCCCAGAUAAAGCUGCACAAAACAGAGACGGAGAUAGUUACGUUGGAUCUGCAAGUUAUUCCAACCUCUUCACCACUGAGUAGUGCUUUGUCAGUCUCUGAGUCUCGAUCGACAUCAUCAGGCACUCCUAAUUCUAGCCCUUCACAGCUGUUGGCCAUUGCAUUAUUGUCAAGCCAGGCAGGAAACAGAGAUUCAAGCAACAGAGCUUCCACAUUUCAAGUACUGAAAACAUGGCCAGAAACAUUCCAGGUCCCUUGGGAACAAAUGCCACAAGAAAUACGUUCUGCAAUUCUAAGCGGCAAGAGACCUAAACCAAUGGAGCGACGCCAGAUGGUACGAGUACUCGUAGAUGAAAUGAGGAGGUAUGAGGCUAACCCCACUCGCUCACAGUGUCUCACUGUAAUUCGAAAUAUCAUCAGGCAGUACCCAAAGAGUUUUGCUGAUAUGACCGCAGACUGGUCACUUUUGGGUUGCGGUUAUACAUCACUUCUGAUUCAAGUGAAAAACCGCAUUGAAAAUGUGAACCGUGGCGGAAACUAUGCACACCACCGAGCCUCUAGAUCCAGUUCUACAUACAAGAGGGGGCCAACCGACACUUAUGGAUGUACAAGAUUUCAGCCAGAGCUCCCUCCAGAAGAAACUAAUGAGACUGUGGAGCAGAACCGCCAAAGACUGGUGGAGAUUUACAGGCAGGAGGGUGCAGGUGGAGUUGAAAGAGCAGAGGUCAAAAAUCAAAUGGAGCUCACAUUCUGCCUACAACGUCGUCAUAUAAAUGAACUUCCACCACCUGACAUUGAAAAUAUGAGAAGCAAAUGGCCUUUUCUUUUCACUCAAAUGUGCAUAUAUGCACAUUUUGAGUUACUCACAGACAUCAAUGUGCUUCGUAGCUUGGAACUCAGCAUGGUGGAAUGUGGGAGAGCCAUCAAAGAAUACUUCAGGGGAAAACCUACCAACAGAGAUGUCAAGGAUGUCCUCUCUAAUUGUGAAGAUAAUGAGAUGGCACUUUGUGUUGUUCAGCUGCUCAUGGCACACUUUGGAGAGGACCUAACAGGGCUUGUCCUUCUUACAAAUGUGUCUGCCACCGCAGCUGACGUUGAGACAACCCUCACUCUACCUGCAAGUCCUCGUCUGAUACUGCUUGUUUCAGGUGGAACCGGGCAAGUCACUACUGGACGAUGGAUGAUCACCCUUGAGGGCCGUGUCAUAUCUGAGGGCUUCACACCAACCUUUUUGACGGGACUUGCUGCUGUCUUUGCGAUCUACUAUAUAUUCAACCUUCAGUAUCAGGAAGAGGCAGCCUGUACUCUGGAAUUCAUUCAGAGGCGCUUCAUUGGUAUCAACCCAGAGAGAGGAACAAAGGCCAUCCGGGGCAAGGUUGUCUGCAAGAAGACGGGUGUGAUCGUCCAGAAGAAGUCUGCCACAGUCAACACACACGUCUCCACACUACUGAAGAACCUCCUUGACUUUGAAUCGGACUGAUGUUGCCACAUUAUGCCACAAGACACUUUGUUUGUUGCUGUUUUACAGUGGCAACACUGGUAAGGAGAGGAACAAGGACCAGCAAGGUGAUGGUCAUCUUUACCUGAACCAGAAGAUUCCUCUUUGUAUCAGGACUGUCCACACCCACCCAGAAUCUUCCUGAAGUUAAGCAUGCACCUACCUCACAGGACUAUUUCAAGAGGCAAAACACAAGCCCCACAUUUUGCUACUGGUGCAUAUUUUCUAAAUGGUCUUAAUGAUGCAUAUUUUCAAAAUGUUGCUAAUGAUGCAUAUUUUCUAAAUGUUCUUACUGAUGUAUAUUUUCUAAAUGGUCUUA